UUUAAUUGUCGAACAUGGUUUCUCUUUGAAAAACAAUCUCUUGAUUGGAAUUAAGAAAAAGGACAGGAAGGGAAAUAUUCAUGUUCAUAUCCUUUCUCUGAAAAGUCAUUUAACCAUUUAUUAGUCUUCCAUUCUCAUCAACAAGUUAUGGCACUUGGAAACUGCAAAGUUGCAGUAGCUCUUCUUCUGUUUCUAUCAUGUUCUAGUUCAUUUUAUGGUGAUGCAAGAGAUAUCAUUACUCCUUCUCAACCCAUCAAAGAUCAAGAAGCUAUAGUCUCUGCCGGCAAUAAGUUCGAACUGGGAUUUUUCAGCCCAGUUAAUUCAACAUAUCGAUAUGUCGGAAUAUGGUACAGUAAUAUAUCAGCAGAAACUCAAGUACUAUGGGUCGCUAACAGAAACAAGCCAAUCACCGAUUCUUCUGGGAUGAUGAAAAUAUCUGAAGAUGGAAAUCUUGUGGUUUUGAAUGGUCAGGGAGAGGUUCUGUGGUCAUCAAAUGUUUCAAUUGGGUUCAAUCAAUCAACUGCACAGCUUACUGAUGAUGGAAACCUUGUCAUGAAAGCUGGACCGAAUGGAAACCUUGUAUGGCAAACUUUCCAGCAGCCUACGGAUACUUACUUACCAAAGAUGAGACUUAGUGCUAACGCAAGAACUGGGAACAAGACACUGCUAAUGUCAUGGAGAAGCUCAUCUGAUCCUUCAGUUGGAAACUUCUCUGCUGGUGUCAAUCCAUUAGGAAUUCCUGAGCUCUUCAUCUGGUACAAUGGUCAUCCAUUUUGGCGUAGUGGUCCAUGGGUUGGACAGAACUUUAUAGGAAUACCAGGAAUGUCUAUUUCUGUGUAUCUAAGUGGAUUUACUCUACAAGAUGAAGGAGAUGGCACUUUCACUAUGAGUUUAAUUGUAGACCCAGCUUCCCGAUUCAAGUAUGUUUUGACUUCUCAUGGAAAAUUUAAAGAACAAUACUGGGAUUAUGGGAAGCAAGGUUGGGAGUAUACCUGGGAAGCUCCAUCAACUGACUGUGAUAUUUAUGGCAAGUGCGGGUCAUUUGGAAGCUGCGAUGCACAGAAUUCACCUAUCUGCACAUGUUUAAAAGGGUUUGUUGCAAAAAAUCAAGAUGAAUGGAACAAAGGAAUUUGGACUAGCGGUUGUGUUAGGAUGACAUCGUUGCAGUGUGAUAGAAUACAGAAUGGUAGUCAAGUGGGAAAGGAAGAUGGGUUUAAGAAGCUGGAGAUGAUGAAGGUGCCAGCCUUUGCCGAGUACUGGUCAUAUGCGUCCUCGUCCGAACAAGAAUGCAAAGAUGAGUGCUUGAGGAAUUGUUCCUGUGUUGCUUGUUCAUAUUAUAAUGGUUUUGGCUGCAUGGCAUGGACAGGAAACUUGAUUGAUAUACAAAAGUUCUCUGAAGGAGGAACGGAUCUCAACAUUCGCCUGGCGUCUACAGAACUUGUUGCAGAUAACAAGAGAAACAUGAAAGUAAUCAUCAGUAUGGCAGUGAUUGUAGGAGCCAUAGCUAUCUGCAUCUGUGUGUUUCUUUCUUGGAAGUGGAUGGCUACACAUAGAGAAAGGAAGUUGAUAAGUGAGGAGACCUUAUCGUUCAAAACGAGAGAAGCACAAGAAACAGUUUUUGAUGGAAACUCGCCCGAAAACGUCAAGGAAGUUAAACUUGAACCACUCUUCAAAUUAAAAAUUCUUGAAACUGCAACGAACAACUUUGACAUAUCCAAGAAGCUUGGGCAGGGCGGCUUUGGUGCAGUAUACAGGGGAAAAUUGCCAGAUGGGCUGGAAAUAGCUGUCAAAAGACUCUCUAGAACAUCUGGUCAAGGGCUUGAAGAGCUCAUGAAUGAAGUUGUGGUGAUUUCAAAACUCCAACACAGGAAUCUUGUGAGACUUCUUGGUUGCUGUGUUGAAGGAGAAGAGAUGAUGUUGGUUUAUGAGUACCUGCCGAAUAAAAGCUUGGAUGCAUUUCUCUUUGAUUCACUCAGGAAAGGACAACUAGAUUGGGAAAGACGCUUCGACAUUAUUAACGGGAUUUGUCGAGGUCUUCUUUACCUUCACAGAGAUUCUAGACUAAGAAUUAUUCAUAGAGAUCUGAAGCCAAGUAACAUCUUAUUGGACCAUGAGCUGAAUCCCAAAAUUUCAGACUUUGGAAUGGCCAGGAUUUUUUGUGGCAAUGAAGAUCAAGUGAAUACUACCAGGGUCGUUGGAACCUAUGGCUAUAUGUCCCCUGAAUAUUUAAUGAAAGGAAGAUUUUCAGAGAAAUCAGAUGUAUUUAGCUUUGGAGUGUUGUUGCUGGAGAUUGUAAGCGGAAGAAGGAACUCUAACUUUUAUGACAAUGAGCAUUCUCUGAGUCUUAUAGGAUAUGCCUUUAAAUUGUGGAAGGAACGUGACAUUACAGCUUUAGUCGAUCCUGCAAUAUCAGAUCCAUGUUUUGAGGUGGAGAUAUUCCGAUGCAUACAUAUUGGUCUGUUGUGUGUGCAAGAAUUGGCGAAAGACAGACCGGCCGUGUCUACCAUCACUUCCAUGCUAAAUAGUGAAAUUGUGGAUCUUCCUCCUCCAAAGAAACCAGCAUUUUUUGAAAGGCAGAGUUCCUUGGAUACAGAGUCCAUUACACAGAACCAGAAGAUAAAUUCCAUUAACAAUGUGACGAUUUCUGAUGUUAACGGCCGAUAGAGUUCAGAACAUGUUUACUUUUCUAUUAGAUAUUAAUAUAUUUUAUCAUUGUAGAACAUUACAUUGCUGGGUAUGACUUAAUAAGAUUGGCAUCUUGAAGAAAA